AUGAGGUUCCGCAGGAAAAUCAGGAGCCCGGCCGUGCUCAGCCACGAGUUUGUCAUUCAGAACCAUGCAGAUACCGCGUCCGGCCUGGUGAUGGGCUUCCUGGUGGUGUUCGUGCUUGAGGUACUGGCCAAGUUUGCUGUCAUCUUUGUUGCUGUGCAAUACAAUGUCACCUAUACCACUGAUGACAACAGUGAGCAAUUUCAUUUUUAUGACUAUGGUCCAAAAGACAUUGCCACAAUCUUCUUCUACAUGCUCGUAGCUAUUAAUCUGCAUGCCAUAAUCCAGGAGCACAUAUUAGAUAAAAUUAAUAGACGUCUGCAUUUGUCAAAAACAAAGCACAGCAAAUUCAAUGAAUCAGGACAGCUAGCAUUUUUCUACUUGUUUUCAUUUAUAUGGGGAGCAAGUAUUUUGAAUGAAGAAGAAUUCAUGAUGGACCCAAGCUCACUCUGGAAAGAUUAUCCCCGUUCUCGUAUGCUUUUUCAGGUAAAAUUCUUCUAUAUUUGCCAGAUAGCCUAUUGGCUUCAUGCGCUGCCGGAGCUAUACUUCCAAAAGAUCCGAAAGGAAGAUAUUCCAAGGCAGCUAUGUUAUAUUUGCCUUUACAUUGCUCAUAUCUCUGGUGCCUAUUUAUUAAAUUUGCAGCAUUUGGGGCUAAUUCUGAUGGUACCUCACUACUUAGUGGAACUCAUUUUUCAUGCCUCACGUCUUUUCUACUUCAUUGAUGAAAACAAGCAACAAGGAUUUACCAUUUGGGCUUUACUUUUCGUAAUGGUGCGUCUUUUGACCCUAACUUUAUCUGUCCUCACAUUUGGAUUUGGUCUGGCAAGAGUAGAGAAUCCAGGUUUUUCCAUAGCAGACGGAAACUUCAAUGUACUCCCUGUGAGGAUUGGCUGCCUGGCUGCUGUUUGUCUAACGCAGGCCUGGAUGAUGUGGAAAUUUAUAAAUUUUCAGCUGAAGAAAUGGAGAGAACAUGUUAAGAACCAGAUUCCAAAGAAAAAAAUAGCUAACACAAAGAACAAACGAACAAAAAAGGAGCCAAACAGAGCCAACUUUGUCAAUGGAUCAGCAAAAUCAGAAGGCUGA